GUCAAUCUUUAAGAUUUAACAUGAAGCAUCCAACAAAAAGGAGUAAUCUGAAGCAAAGAUCGCUUUUGAAUUUUUUUCAAACAGAAAAUUUAUUCCCAAUGAACGGCAAAAGUACUGAUUCUCAAGGGAAAAACAUCAAGCAAGAUAACAACCAUGAUUCUCAAGACGGGGAUAACACCAAAGAAAGUGUACGAACCCUUCCGGAUAGUGUUAAAAAUGCUACCGAAAACAUCAUAGGCCUUGGUGAAGCUAAUCAAAAUAAAUCGAGUUUGAAAGAAGCAAGUUUUGAAAAUGGAGGUGAAGUGAUCGGCAGUACAUCAAACGACCCAAUAAGUGUGUCAGAUACAAAACACAUUGACGAUAGAAUGGGAGCCAUAAAAAUAGAUGAAUUUCACAUGGACAGCAUGGGUGGAGACUAUUUUGAGGAUUCGGAAACGCAAGACAUUUCAAUGUCAAAAAGCCUAAGGAUCGAAGAUAAUAAGGUCAUGAGUCCACACGAAAAAUUUGAAACACAAGGAGUGUCAAGUGAGGAUGAUUCAGAAGAGGAUGUUAUUAUGGCAGUACCAAGACAACGGAUAAGAAGACGAGUUUUGGUAGAUGAAGAUGAAGAUGAAGAUGAUUCUGAUUCUGAAGAUGAAGAUGAAAAUAAAGAUAAAGAUACAAAGAAUCCCUGUACCAUGAUAUCUAGGCUACCAAAGACUACCAAUAUAUCUGCUAAUAAGAAACGUCGACUUAUAACAAAAAAAUCAGAAAAUGAUGAUAAACCUGAAAGUUCAGAAGAAGACACAAAAGAAGAGCUGGCGUUUCUCAGAGAAAAUGAUAUCUACCAAGAGCGCACUCGAACAAAGAAGAAAUCACGAUACAGCCUAGCUCUGGGGGAACUAAGGGGUUGCUUAAUGUCUGCUGUUGCAUUGGCUCUUUUAGAUCGAAAACAACGGUUACAAUCAUUCAAUGGUGAAGCCGGCCCUAUGGAUCACUUUUGUCAUGGUAGUACACAAAACCUAUACUCAGAUAGUGACCAGGAUAUUCUGUAUGAAGAUGAAACAGACAGCGAAGAAGGAUACGAUGGGUUCAUUGUAGAUGAUGACAUUAUUGACGGCGAGAGACUGGAUGAGGCUGAAAUAUCAAAUGCCGUCUUGCCCGAGGAGUUUAGUAUGAAUAGCAUGCAGAAACUAUCCUACAACUUCAGAUUGUUUGUGGAAUAUCUAUUGAAUUCAAUACACGACAAAGACUUUGAUACAAAAGACAAUACUUAUAAUACGGCCAUCCGAGCUAUAGAACGGCGCGUGAAGAGUUAUCGAGAUUCUGUUCUUACAAGCGAUGCAUGGAACAUACCCUUUAAGAGUGCAUUAGAUAACUACGUAAAAUGGACCUGGAAGGGGUUCAGCGACACCUUUGUGGAAUGUAGUGCUUGUAGAGGACGAAAACCAGCCAAUUCUGAUGUGUCACUUUCCAACUGUCUCCAUAGCCGUGAACCAAAACAGGUCAUAUUCUCUGUUGGAAGUGGGUGUUACAAGCGAGGAAAAGCAUAUCAUGGUCUUACGCACUUUAGGUUGCACAUGUACCACCGAAUCGAAGAAGAGAUGAGAAGGAUUAUCAAUUCGUCUCCAGAAAUUGCCCUCGAAGAAGAUACACUGGUGGCUAAAGUACUGAAAACUAUGGAUAACUCAGGGUUUGUAACAGAUAUAUAUAAUAAUAUGAAGGCUCUCUUUGCGAGCGCUGAUGGCAAUUAUCUUGGCGAACCAGAUAGUGAGCCAGAAAAUUAGUCCGGGUAUGAGAGGAGCGAAGUAGUUUUAUGCUUUACUGCUUUCUAAAGAAGGGAAGUAUCAGGUUGUUUUCACAGCACCUAAUUCGGUGUUCUGUCUUUCUUGUUGUGCUCACACAAUCACUACUACAGUCUUGCUUUCACUCAGCCAUUUUUUAUUUAUUUUUACUGUAUUUAUUUCUCUUUCUUUCUAAAAUAUCAAACCCUGCAAUUUGAAAAAGACUAAUUUUCACUCUUUUAUCACGCAACUUUUUAAACAACUUUCUUAAAUACUCUGCCAUCCUAUUGUAUUCAUUAUAA